GGUAAUUAGCAAGUUGUAAGGUAGCCAGAUCAUCGGUGUUUAUGUAGUUUUCUGGAACCAUUAUGGAACCAAAAGUCAAGUAAAUGCCUGUUUUGGAUGGACUCAUGCAUCGAAGAUUGCUUCUUUAGAUACCAUUGACAAUUGCCUUCUGAUGGUCUCGGAAGAAAACUUGCUUCUCUUAAUAAUUGCAGGAUUCGUUCUAUGUUGUAAUUCUAGGUAGUUGUUCAUUGGAAUUACAAACCUCACACAGACUCAGAACAUGAUUAGUAAUGCUACCGAUGUAGUACCUUAUUUCUAAUGACAAGCUGCUGAGACAUUUCUCAGAUCGGAGUGCUGAAAAUAUGGUGGCUUUUAUUUUUUGUGAUCAUAUUACUUAAUAUCUAUCUGUAUGUGUUUUAUAUUAUCUGUUGUCAGUGAUAUCGUAUGAUACAAGUUGGUAUCAUGUCACAGAUAUUGAAAACUUAUUAAUUCAACAGUACAUCAAAAUUGAUAUUGGAUUGAGAUUCUAAAUCUCAGUUUGAAUACCAAAUAUCACAAAACUUGAACUGAUAUGAAUUUUAAUAAACCUUUUAUGCGGAGAAAAACCUCUAAUCUUGCUCAUUUGUGUCAGGUGCAAGGGUCGUUUUGAUCCUGGUAUGAUGCAAACAAUAAAAGAGAAAGGUUGAUUUCUUCAAAGUGAAUUCAGUAUUUUUCAUGCUAAGAUUGAAUUCAGUAUCUUAUAAACAGGUAUACAAGCAACUAAUUUGAAUCCUGAUUGGAUCACACAAAGUGGCUCUUAAUCUCACUUCAAAUGGGUUCAAAAAUUUUAGUCGAUUUAUUCUUCUAGUGUUUUGAGGUUAAAAGUUCAUUUAAGUUUAUUAGAUUAUUUAAUGUAAUAAAUUUUUUUAAAAUUUUUUUAAUAAAAAAAAUAGGGUUGACAGUAUCAGAUCAAAUUCGCUAUCAGAGAGAGCGAGAGCGCUCAGUUGCGCUCAUCGGCGAGGUUAACUCGACCGACUUGAUGGCAAUAUAAACCCUUCUACCUCCUUUCGGUGCCCUUCACGCGUUGGCUCUUUUGAUUCCGUGGCGUCGCCGCCUCCAAUCUUUUGUUCUUUCGUUUCGUCUUGAGCCCUAAAGAAAGAAAAGGAGAUCAUGGCGAAGAGUCCCAUGCGGCCGCUGCUUUGGGCGAUGGCCGCGGCCCGGCGGAGGCUCUUUACCGCGUCCGCAGCGUCAUCGCCGUCGCCAUCGCCAUCGCCAUCGUCUUCUUCGGCGGAAGCGAGAGCUUCUGAAGUAGGAGAGAGGAAGGAGUCGAAGCCCCUCUACCGCAGGUUGUCGGCGCUGGGGAGAGCACCGGCGGGUAGCGUGACGAAGACGCUCAACAAGUGGCUGAGGGAGGGGAGAACGGUAACGGCCACGCAGCUCAUGAAGUAUGUUAAGGAACUCCGCAAGUACAACCGCUACAGUCACGCUCUUGAGCUGAUGGAGUGGAUGUCCGGUACAAGGGGCAUGAAUAUAUCUUACACCAAUCAUGCAAUACGCCUAGAUCUCAUAUCAAAAGUCAAGGGUAUUGAAUCUGCAGAGGAGUACUUUUCUCAAUUGCCAGAACCUGCCAAAAAUGAGCGAACAUAUGGAUCCCUUUUGAAUUGUUAUUGCUCAGGGAAAAAUGCAGAUAAAGCAAUCUCUCUUUACAAUCAGAUGAAGGACCGCAACAUAGCAUCGAGUACUCUGGUCCACAAUAAUCUAAUGUCCCUUUACAUGAAGUUAGGUCAGCCUGAGAACGCCAUUACCCAGUUCCAAGAGAUGAAGUCAAAGAACAUUGUCCCAGAUAAUCUAACGUGCUGCAUCCUGAUGAACUGCUAUGCUUCACUAAAUGACAUUGUAUCAGUAGAAAGCGUUAUAAAAGAAAUGGAAGAGGGAGGUGAAGUUACUCUACAGUGGUCCGCAUAUAGUACCCUGGCUGCCAUUUAUAGUUCAGCUGGUAUGGCCACGAAAGCUGAGUCAGCUCUCAAGCAGCUCGAAGGACUUGUAGAUAAACGUGACUGGAUGCCUUUUCACUUUUUAAUCAGUUUAUAUGCAGGUAUUGGCAAGUUAGGAGAGGUAAAAAGGAUAUGGAUGUCUCUUAAGGAAGUGUACUCAAACCCUAUCAACAUGAGCUAUCUCAAAAUGCUUCAGGCUCUUAGUAAGCUUGAUGAUAUUCAUGGUCUAAAGCUUUUGUAUGAAGAAUGGGAGUCUGGUUACACAGCGUAUGAUCUGAGAUUGACAAACCUGAUGAUAGGAACUUACCUAAAGAAAGAUAUGAUUCGAGAAGCUGAGUCUAUUUGGCAGAAGGCUUCAGAAAGGGGUGCAGUUCCUGAUUUCUGGACUUGUGAUCGGUUCUUAGAUUACAGUUUGAAGAACAAGGACACAGGUUUGGCUCUCAGGUGGUUGGAGACGGCGACAUCAAUGGUGAAACAGGACGAGUGGAAGUUAAAUGAAGAUAAGGUGGACGCGUUUCUGAAAGCUUUUGAGGAAGCAAAGGAUGUUGAGGGGCUAGAGGAGUUCUGCAAAAGUUUGCGGAGGCUCAAAUGUCUUGACUUAAAUGCAUAUGAAGCGCUCCUGCGAACUUAUCUGGCAGCCGGUAAGAAGAACCCUGGUCUUCAUCGGCGAAUAAAGGAUGAUAAGAUCAAAAUUAGCUCGGAAACUAAGAAGUUGCUUCAAUGGGUCUGUGCCACUAAUUAGUAUUUUUCGAUUUGAGCAGUUAUGGCAUAAUUAUAUGGAGGAACAUUUGAGCGAAAUGUUAGACAUACUUGUUUCAGGGCACCGACUGAAAUAUCAUGGUCACUUAGUGCUGACUUUGACACAUGGUUUCUCAUCAAUUCUACUGGAAAAUUGGGAAUUCUCCAUAUGUUGCAAUAGUUUUAGAAAGACAAGAAUGCAUGAAUAGAUUAUGGUUUCUUGUCCGAUGGAUCACUCUGUUGCGUUCUAUUUCCCAACAUGAAGAUCAAGACCAUUUGACAAUUUUGAUGCUGCCUCAUCAGAUACUUUAUUGGAUCAGCGUGAAUUCUCGAUCAAAACAUAAAGAUGGGAGACUUUGUUGAGGUAUGGAUGUCAUGACCCGAGCAGAGCAGCUAAUUGAUCUAUCAAUUUCAUCAUUGAUCAAAAUAUUUAACUUGAAGUUGAUAUUGAUAUACUCAUUAGAUUUUUAUAAAUUUUAGUCUUGUUUAUUUUUGAUGAGA